AAAUUUCCCCCUAAAACCCAUAACUUUGCAAACAAAAUGAAAAAAAAGAAGAGGAAAAUGGAGGCAGCAAAGAUGAUUCAGCACAAAAUUAGAGGAGUCCAGAACGACGCGCUGCGAUUCGUUCUCCACGGUGUUGAGAGCAACCUCGUCGGAUCUCACCUUCUCUAAUCUAUUUACGAAUCAGCAAUCCCUACUACCGUUUGUUUCCCUGGAAAAUAUAAGAGACUUAAUAUUAUUAUUUUGUUUGUUUAUUUGUGUGUGUGUUUCAUUUUGUUGUGUUCAUUACUCAGAUUUCAAACUCACACUUGAACAUAGUUCAUCGACCGCAUUAUAUUUUUGAAAAAAAAAGUGGUUUAGGGUUUUUGUUGCCAGAUGGUUCUUAUGAUUCUUAUAAACUCGACAAAAUGAUUCUUUUUUAAAUUCCUUAAAUUACCUAUCUCGCUGAUGUGAUUGUGGCUCUUUUAUCUCGGCUGGGUUGAAAACAGUUCUCCUCUCUGUUCGGUAACAAAGAAGCUCGUAUUCUCGUACUGGAUCUUGACAAUGUUGCCAAAACUACUAUUCUCUAUCGGCUUCAGAUGGGUGAGGUAGUCUCUACAAUUCCAACGAUUGGGUUUAAUGUAGAGACUGUACAAUACAACAACAUCAAGUUUCAAGUAUGGGAUUUAGGUGGUCAGACAAGCAUCAGGCCAUAUUGGAGAUGCUAUUUCCCAAAUACAUAAGCAAUAAUUUAUGUCACUGUUAAAGACAAGCAGUCACCAUAUAUAAGUGGCUAUGUUUAUCUAAUUUAUAUUUUUUAUUGUAAUUUUUAAGGACUAGUUUAGCAUAGUUAAGGAUUCAUUUAAUCAGAUUAUUAGGUUUAUUCUUUAUGAGCUUAUGCUAUUGAGCUAAAUUUGUUUAUGGAGUGGGCUAUACAAAUGCCAAAAAGUGAUGUUGGUUGUUAUAUUACAGGUUAAGGCAUGGCUUGCAGAUGAAAAAGAUGCUCGCCCCAUGAUUGCUUUAGAUUGCUAGCGAAUACGUCUCUAAUUCCAUCAACCUGUGUGUUCUCCUCGUUGUACUUUGGUUGUUAUAUCCCAAUAUAAGUUUGUGAUGGGUUGUAUGGGGACUAAAAUGCUCACCAAUGAAGCCGGUGAAGUUACCAGUCAUUUGCAAGGCAUGUUUACUCGGACAAUUCGACUUCUUGAAGCUGGGCUUAAACCUGUCUAUGUUUUUGAUGGGCAACCUCCAGAUUUGAAAAAACAAGAACUUGCUAAGCGUUACUCAAAGAAGGCAGAAGCUACUGAAGGUUUGCAAGAAGCCAUGGAGAUCGUCGGAUACAAGUUGUCGAUUGGAUUGGCUUUGGAGAUCACUCUAUCCGAAAACUUGAUCAAUAACCAUCUGUUAACUUUAUUCUGGUUAUAAGUGGCAUGUAAAUAGGAUUUUGGUAUAUAUAUGUCAUAAGUAUUAUGGAUAUGUUUUGUGUUAAUUGAAAUAGGAGAUGUGUUUAUUGAUAUGAAUCUUAAUUAGUAUUU